AUGUCCGCAGGGGGAGAUUUUGGGAACCCACUGAGAAAAUUCAAGUUGGUCUUCCUGGGGGAGCAGAGCGUCGGGAAGACAUCUCUGAUCACACGGUUCAUGUACGACAGCUUCGACAACACAUACCAGGCAACCAUUGGGAUUGACUUCUUGUCAAAAACCAUGUACUUGGAGGAUCGUACGGUGCGACUGCAGCUCUGGGACACAGCCGGCCAGGAGAGGUUCCGCAGCCUGAUCCCCAGCUAUAUCCGGGACUCCACAGUGGCCGUGGUGGUGUACGACAUCACAAAUCUCAACUCCUUCCAGCAGACCUCUAAGUGGAUUGAUGAUGUCAGGACGGAGAGGGGCAGCGAUGUGAUCAUCAUGCUGGUGGGCAACAAGACGGACCUGGCUGACAAGAGGCAGAUAACCAUAGAGGAGGGCGAGCAGCGCGCCAAAGAACUGAGCGUCAUGUUCAUCGAGACCAGUGCGAAGACUGGCUACAACGUGAAGCAGCUCUUCCGACGUGUGGCCUCGGCUCUGCCUGGAAUGGAGAAUGUCCAGGAGAAAAGCAAAGAAGGGAUGAUUGACAUCAAGCUGGACAAGCCCCAGGAGCCCCCGGCCAGCGAGGGCGGCUGCUCCUGCUAA